AUGGAGGCUGAAUUUACCGACCCUUGUGCCAACGAUACCAAAGAGGAUGGAGCCAUGCGUAAAAAUUCACGCAAGCUUUUGCGUGCCGAAUUGUAUUCGCUGCGUCGGAAGGGCGCUCUGCGCAUGGGCGGCCCACUUGAUGCCACACAAAAGAAUCCACAAUAUCCAUUGCAACAAAAUAACCAACAACAGCAACAGCACGAAUUGAACAAUCACAAUAUGCCGACAACUCCAUUGUUGCAUUGCGAAUCGAAUCGGCAUUGUGCGCGCUGCAACACCGAAUUGGGGCGCAUCACGAAUCGUGGCGCGCCGUGUCGCGUCUGCAAGUUGCGCGUGUGCAAAGCGUGUCGUGAGUUCACCUCGCGCACCACCGAUUGGGUGUGUGUGGUGUGUCACAAGCAAAUGGAGCUGCAAGCCACCACUUCCACUAGUGGUGAGUGGAUCAAGGAUUAUACGCGCGGUUCGAGCGGCGCUGUCGAUCACUUGCCGACGACGGAUGUGCUGCGCCGAAGUAUACGACGUUCCUGGACGAUAUCAAAUCCCGAAGACGAUUCGAAUAAUCAAAACCCACAAAACCCCGUCGGCGACAACCUUUAUCCGCAACAAAAGAACCUUAUCGAAGCACAAUCCGCUGGCAGUUACCCUUCACUCAUACGCCAACCCUCACAACAAAGGCCACACCCCGCCCCCUACCAAAGUGGGAGUGCAAUCGGUAUCAGCGGCGUGGGCACCACGCAUUCACAUCCUACAACCGAUUAUUUGGUGAAUUCACAACGUCGCGUCCUACGCCAAUCGACACUACCCAGCUCACUGGCCAACAACGAUCCCAAUCUGAGUGGUAGCGGCGCCAAUUUGGCCAAUUAUAAUUACGUGAAUCUCACGGCGCCCACAUCGCCGCAUCAAAUGCAAAAAAGUCCGAUUUAUCCGAGCGCCUACAACAGUGAUGACGUCAUACACAUGAGCGCAGCCGAAUGUGAUAAUUAUCCACAACAAAUGCAACAACAACAACAACCUAUGAACAUACAGCCGCAACAGCAGCAACAACAGCCACCGAGUGUUAUUAAUCCCCAAACGCACCAUCGCCUACAGGUGCGCCGACAAUCAACCCUCCCGGCUAAUCCCUGUCAACCGCCCAUGUAUCUGUCGACAUCGCCAAAUCGCCCCUACAGUCGUUCACCGGAGCGUUCACCGGGCGAGCAACGUUAUCCGCCAUUCAUGCGUCAAACCUCCUUCCCGUGCAACAUGUCGGAGCCACCUACGCAACAGCAGCAGCAAACACAUCUCAAUUUAGGCACUGCGCCACCGAACCAACCUUAUCCCCGGAAAUUGUUGCCCACAUCACCCAACUAUCAAGGAUCGGUCAUCUAUCAGCAACAACCCACGCAGCAGCAGACACCACCACAGCAGGCAUCCCAAUCAAAUUACGACCCACAAGUGAGCCAAACGCAACCGACGGAUGAGUGCGACUACACACAAGUUGUACCGAAGCCACGUAUGCUGCGUCAAGCUACCUUACCCAAUCCCGAUCAGCAUGUUAAGUUGCUACCCACCUCGCCACCAAAGCGUCAAACUUCGCCACAAUAUCGUCGUUCGCCGGAGUUUAUGCGCCAACAGACCCUACCGAAUCCAGAAGCUUUCAGCGGAAACUCGCUCUCGGUGCCACCAGGACAGUCACAAGCUAAAUUCAUGCCGCUCUCACCGCGUCACAAGCAAAACUUUCUCUUUCCGAAUGUGCAGAACCCACGACAAUUCCUAUCACAACAACAUGUGCCCGCCGUUGGCACUGGCAGCGGUGAAGUAAGCACCACCACCAACACCGCUGGUGAGCAGUACUCGAGCAGUCAAAGCGUGAAUAUACAGUCACGUGAUCACGCGAAAAUGAUCAAGGUGCGCAGCCACAGCAACGAGGAGUACUCGAUAACCAAGCCGCACCACGCGGAGAAUCGGCGCUUACUGCCAGAGAUACCAACAAAUCGCGCAGCCACUCGCUCGCCUAGUCGCCUGGUGCGUCAAGAUUGUGUCAAAGAUGAACGCAGCAAUGCGCCCGAUUCAAACGCACGGACAUUUGGCGACGCCAAGCACCAGUACAACCAAUACCAGAAUCUCGAUGAAGAUGCAGACAAUCGCCCGGAGUAUAUGGACUACUUUGGCGACAGCACCAGUAGCUUCUUGGAGGCCGAUGAGGUGCAAUACGAGAAGAACUACAAUGCGGGCUUCAGCAGCGAACCGCGUAUCAUCUACAAUGAUGGUUCCGACGAUGGCAGCUAUACACAAUAUCAACACCCCAUAGUACACAGCGCUGAAAAUGUACGCACGCACGAUCAAAGCUAUAACUACUAUGGACCGGAUGGCGGUUUGAGUGGUCAACCUCUGCCAACAGGUCUGAGCGCCAGCGGUGGUGCAUUGCCACGCACUCCGCAAAUGCACAACCGACUGCGGCGGCGGCAAUCGCGUGAAUUGCAAAUGCAACAGGAAGAGCUUGCACAUCUGAAUCGACAAUCAGCUCCUGGUAUAGGUACGACAGAGACCACUGCAAUGGGCGUUGCAAAUGGCGGUGGUAAAGCUGCGAAUGGCGAGACACAACACGACACACAUGAAAGACGCAAACCCGAACAAAUGCGCUCGGUAUCGGAGGACGGUGCCAAAACGAGUCCACAAAAACCAGUCACAAGACGAUCGUUGUCACAUCCCGAAAAGGAGACACAAGCAACCAAAAAGGUUGAACCCACGAAAAUACCAAGCCCAAGACCCUUGGCUGAUAUUUUAGAUAAGUCACGAACUAAUACGAAAAUCCCAACACCACGACGUCGCAAUAGUCGUGGCACAAAUGGUGCUGAUGCAGAAGAAAGCACCAGCAAACCCUAUUCGAACGAAAGACGAAACUCCGAUUUAUCCCUCAAGUCGGCAACGGCAAGUAAAAAACACGACGAGCAUGAACAAAAAACACAAUUUUCGCAUAUAAAAGAAAAUGGCAACAACAAAUCACCGGAACAACAAAAGGAAAUAAAUGAGAAUAGCAAAGCAGCAAAGGACAAUAACAACAGCGAUCAAGCAAAAACUGCUGAAGAAACACAAGAAAAGAAAUCAACAAAUGACACAACAGAGAGCAAUAAAGGCGCCGCAGUGGAGGGCAAAGCGACCGUACCCAAGCAUCACACAACCACUCUGGGUGAACAGGAGAUCCAGAAUGCUGUUGAGGCGGCCGCCGUCAUCUUCAAGAAAGUCGUACUGCAGCGUCGGCAGGAAAAGAAGGCAGCCGAAGAGGAUGCCUACGAUAUGGAGACCUCCUCCGAAUUGGAAUUAAAAUCGAUAACAUUCAAUCACCAACACUACAAUGUGGAUGCUGAGGAAUUUAAGCUUGUCUUCAUUAACUCCUCCGACUCAUCGUCCUCCGGCAAGGAUGAGGAGUUCGACGAUAGCAGCUCCACCACUUCAUCCACACACAACUACAGCAGCAUUACGAUAGACGACUGCGAUUGGGAUUACUUUGAGCCAUCAAUGAUUUGCACCAGCGGCUCCAUAACCAAACAAAUCAUCUACUCACCGUGCGCCUCGCCGUUGGUCACGCGUCGUAACGGCGUAAUGCGUGACUUUAAGUCUAGCGAGAGCACCGCCUCGCCCACCGAAUCGCCACUGCUUUACCGCAAAUCGCUUGUCUAUUGUCCGCGCAUACGCGAAAGUGACACCGGCACCGAUGAGGAGCUGCUCAUGCAAGGUGAAAGUUCUUCACAAACCAGCUCCGAUGGCUAUUUCGUGCGUGCACCAACCGCCGGCACGCCAAACAUCAGUGCGACUGGUCGUCAGCAGCAGCAGCCGCAACAGCAACAUCAUCAGUUGAGCAUGAAGACACGCAUCAAAACGCGUUUUGUGGGCAAAGAAAGCAAACAUCACCAUCAUCAUCAUCACUAUCGACAUCAUCAUCAUGCCGCGGCCAAGCAAAUACAGGAGAACACAGCCACAACGCCACUGGGUGUCUGUAGUUGUGGUGGCGUUACACAAGCGCCGCACACCGCACCGCCGCAGCCACAACCGCAAUAUGUGCCCAUACCGGUGCCGGUGCCGAUACCAGUGCCCAUGGCCGCCUUUCACAGCUGGCACCCCAACGAACUGUUGAAGGGCGCAGCUAAUACGCAUGCCGCCAGCCAUUCAGACAUACUUAACAUUAUGGACAAAGAUGAACAAUUGCGCGCCUCGCUGCAGAAGCUCUGGUGCACAGCAGGACCCGGUUUGGCGCAGCACACCGACGUAGCGGCCAACAAUCUACAAGCAGCCGCUGCGGCGGCAGUGGUGGCAGCCUAUUCGAAUGCGGCCAACUAUCAACAGCUGAGCGCCGGCAAAUCCGGUGAACUAACUGUUGAUGAAGGUGGCGGUAGCGGCGCGCCUUUGUUGGGUAUGCAGGCAAGACUGGCGCGCGCCGGUUUCAAGUCAUCCACGCCAGAACUGAGCGCCUCCACGUAUUCGCAGGCUUCGUCAUCUGGGUAUGGCACAACAGCCACAGCUGGCAGCUUGGAGACAUUGACCAGCAGUGGUUUGGGCGAAUUCGGUAGUUUGAGCCGGUUUGCGGCAAACAGCCUGCAGCAACAGCAAACAAUCUACCAACAACAACAGCAGCAACAACUAAAUAAUAACAACAACUUUGGCUCACAAACCACAAACAACACUGCCACCAACACAUUAAUGGUGCAGCACCAAUCCACAGCUGUCAGUCAAGAAAGCAACAAAACACCAAGUUAUACCAACACAAACAACGGCAACAACUACAACAAUACUGAAGCUAAAUGUGGCGAGCAGUUGGCGUUUGGUUUGCGCGAACCACCAAUAUUAGUAGCAACAAAACCGUCGACGCGGUCGAGUCGUGCUUUCAGUGAGACGGAUCAGCACGUUUUUGCCGAGGUGAACGCGUGUGAAACACUUGAAAAUGAAACGCCCACAUUUGUAGAUGGCCAGCGCACAACAAGAGCAACAACAACAACACACUUUAGUGAUUAUAAAAAAGUACGGAGUCGUGCGCGCAGUACCGAUAAACAGCAGCAACAGCUUUUACAACAACCGAACGUUGAUAUCGAAAUUUCCGCGAACGCUACAGUUGAUAAGCGCAGCGACUGCGAAAGCGCUGAGGACGCUGAGGGCAUAGAAGAGGAAGCAACCGCCGCUGAAUGGCAAUUAUUGGCAAAUAGUUGUACAUCUACCCAUAGCGCUAGCCAGCGCUUCCCAGAAAAUAACAAACAACAACAACGGCAAAGGUUAUCAUUAAAAACAGCUGAAAAAAGUGUGGAGCCAAACGAGUUUGCGCAUUUGCAAGAAAAACUUGCAGGCGGACAGGUAGGCCGCGACGAAACAAACAGCGGCUAUGUUAAAACUUGUACUGCCAUACGCACCGCAAACAUAGUUAACCAACAAAAACAACAACAACAAUACAAGAACAACAGCAACUACAAUAAUAAGAGCAAUAGCAAAAACCAGAAAAAUAAAACUAAUAUUAAUAGUGACACAGACCGAGACUGGAGCAGCGCGCUUGCUGAAAAGACGAAUGAGGCGUCGUUGUCGUCGUCGUCAUCAUCGUCAUCGUCGUCGUCACGGAGUGACCAGAAUAUAAAACAAACAAAUAGCAACGCGCUAGCCACCAAACAAGUCGUGAAAACAACAAAACCAACAUCAACCAUACCAAUUGCCUUGCAAAGAGCAGCAAAAGGUGUAGCAAGAAAAAGCGCCGACGUUGAAGUAAAUUCGGCAGCGCGACAAUCGGUCGCAGCAUCAGCGCGCAGCCGCAGUCAGAGCGGGGAUCGCCUGGUAGAACAAGCAGCGGCGGCGCCGUAUUGCUACGACGAGCUAAACGACGGUGAGCAAAGCUUAAACACAUGUCCGGCGGCGCAAUGCUGUAGUCACACGGUUAAAGUAGAAAAAGCGACAGCAGGCAAACAAAAUCAAUAUAAACUUAAGGUAGCCAACAACAAUAGCGCAGCGGCAAGAACUUGUUUGGCGAACAGCGUGGACGCCAGCACUUAUAGUAAUUCCACCACCACCACCACUUGGACUAACCACAACACCAGUGGCGGCAGCAAUAGUGCUUUGCACGUCAGCGCUGACAACGCUGACACAGAGGAAAAGGUGGUUGUUUCGCGGAGCGGAAAUAGUGAUGUUGGUAAAGCGCACAGCGUCAGCGCGACAACUAACUAUGUGCAUGACGCCAACAGCGCUGUUGCAGACGUGAAAGGAAUUGAGCAAGGCGCUGGCAGCAAACGUCAGCGCGUAGCUGAAACUAGUUAUCGUCUGAACACUAAAGCGAGCACUUGUAAGACUGCAGUGAAGGCGACCAGAACUACAGCAGAACGAUCACAACAGCUGCAGGAAAAUGUCGAAUUACUUUUGUUAAUACCACUAAAGGAAGAAGAAAAUCUUUUCGAAAACGAACAAGCGUUCUUCCAGCAAUUCAAUAAUACUACAAAGAAGCGCGGCAAACAAACCAAAUCCUACAGCGCCAUGAUUUCGAUUGGUAAAUUGAAGAGCGAUGCCACAACGGCUGGCGGCUAUCUACAAAGUGAAAAUGUAUUCUCGUCUUCAGAUGCCGAAUCGGCAGAUAGCGGCGAUACAGAUACAGAUUUGAGUGACAGUAACGAAAAGGAAUACAAGUCAAAGAGCCGCACGUCCAGCGCCGCAGGAGCUGCGUCCGGCGCGCGACCCUCGGUACAGCGCAGUUAUGACAUCGCCAGUGUGGCGGGCAUCGAAGCGCUCAUCGUAAGCCAUUUGGACGAUGACGAUGAGGAUGGCGAUGUAUUGGCGACCAGCGCCGCUGACGAACCAUAUGCGCGCGUUAGGCGCACACAUUCACGUAGUUCCGCCACUUCAGCAAAGGAUCAGAAUACCAAUACGAGCAGCGAGAACACAACAACCAAUAGUUCGAGUUCGUCCGAGUCGAUCGACACCGAUGAUACGGGCACCAUAGCCGAUAGACGACCCAAAAGCAAACAUUUCUCUAAAGUAUUCGUGGUGAAUCCGGUGCCACGCGCGCACCGACGACGUGGCGCUUCGACAUCUAGCGAAAAUGAUUCACAAUCAUCGGAUGCCAAUCUCGAAGACUCAUCCGACAAUGAUACGGACACUGAGCGUCCCGAUUGUGGCAUUGUCUUGAAUUCGGUGAAGGUCAUUAGUGAAGAAGAUGCGGGCGCAACGGCAAGCGGUUGGCAUAUGGCAGAUGAAAGUGAGAGUGAUGAUACGAGCACUAGCGACAAUGAACGGAAUGCGCAUAAUGAUGCUGAGUACCAAAGCGACAAUGAUAAUGAUGAUGAUGACGACGGUGACGAUGAUGUUGCCGCUAAUAAUCGUAUGUGCAAGGCAGUCAAAAGUGAACGCGGACAUGUUGCUGGCAAAUAUGUGGCAACAUCGGUCGAUGAGAUUGCCAAUUGUAUUAUUGUCGUUGGCGGCGAAACCGAUAAUGAAGCGAACGGUAAUGGCGGUGUGGUGUUGCAUGCGAUGCGUCUCUUGAACGACGAAGAGGCGGAGCGGCAAGCGCUGGGUGAACGCGAACGCGAACGUAAAAAGUGCACGGCGACGGCGUCGGGCAGUAGUAAUAGAGCGCGCGCUAUUGGUGGCACAGUUAGCAAGAAAGUGGCAAGUGAGACAGACAUGGCUAGCGCCAAUGGCAAUAAAAACAUAAGCAAAAACAAUGAAAGCAACAAAAACGCUGAAGAAAGCCACAUGCAAUGCAGAAAAUCAAGCGAUCGUACAACGCAACAAUUAGAGCAAUUAAAAGCAGCACACGCCGAUACAAACGAUAAAACAACAACAAUGAAAACAGAUUUUACAACAAUAGCAGCAAAAAAUCAAGCAGAAAUUAAAACAGAUUUAGAUAGCAAAACAGCUGUUGCAAUGCCAAAACUUGCCACAGCAAACACAACAGACGCGCCAACGAUUUCGUUUGAUUUCAGCGCAACAAAAACAAACAAAUGCUUUGAAUGUACUGGCGAAACGCUGAUGCGCGCUGAUGGUGCUGGCGUAAGCGCACCAACAACAACUGCACACGAUUGGGAAAUAGACACACAAGAAGCCUGCGAUGAGUUGCAUAGCAUUUCGAACGACGUUAAUCGCUUGUUGGCGCUGACAAAACAGAACUCUGAGCUCGAACUGAAAUUGCAAAAAUUACGACGCGGCGUACAAGAAAUCAACAAAGACCAUCUGUCUUCGGCCACCACCACUGAAGGCGCGCUAAAUAGUGCAGCGCUGGUGGAUUACACAUCCGCUACUACAAUUACGCCGCCUAGCAUUUCAAAGUCUUCUUCCACCGCCGCAGCGACGGUGACACCUGAGCGCGCCUUAAGCGAUGACGACAAUGGCGCGGCACAGAACAAUACAGAAGCGCACAAAAGCGAUGACGCGCGCGCCAUUGCUGCUGUUUGCAAUGAUGACGCAACUAAUAGGGACGCGCACAAUGUUAGCGGCGGCGGCGUCGGCGAAGUGAGCGGUGCGCGACCACUGGGGGCAGCUGGUUUUGCACGCGGCGACGAAACGCGAGCACAGCGCCAACAGCAUUACGAGUGCGAUAUGGUCGGGCAUGAAGCUAAAAAUAGUUUGCAAAUAGGUUGUGGUGCUACUACAACAAGUAUAAAAGAAACAACUAGAACAACAGCCAACAACACAAAGCUUGCGACGACAACAAUGGGGGAAGCAAUAAUUGGUGGAAACGAAGUACUUGCAGCGAAUGUAAAAAUGUUGAGUGCCGACGAAGCGGCUGAGGUAGAGGGACAAGCGCGCAACAACAAAGCAAACAACGAGUGCAACGAUAGCGCGGCACAGGAACACGCCAAAGUGGAGGAAGAAAAUACAGAAAUAAAUCAAGAAAAUGAAAAAGUACUUGAGCAACAACGUGCUGCAAAACAAGCAAAUUCAGAGAAGGCGCUGAAGGCAGACCAACGCGCUGUAUGUGAGCCGCGCCGCUUGACUGCCGCUCAGGUUGGUGAAACAGGUAAAGAGCGCCAGACUUCUGAGAAGCAAGCAAGUGAUUCUAAUGGAAAAGAAACACUGAAUGUGACUGAAAUUGAAGAAGCGCAAAAACAACAACAAAAAGGCGCUGACAAUACUACGGUGACGAAAGGCGAUAAUCGCAUUGUUGUUUGUGAUGAAAACAAAGAAGAAGGCGAGGAUAACAGCACACAAACGGCAAACUUAAAACAAAAGCAAAACAAAAAGAUAACAACAACAACUGCAGAGCAACUACAAAAGGUGGCACUUCAAGCAGAUAAUAAAACUGAAGAAGCCCAUGUAAAUGAGCCGCCGACGACGACAAACAAAAGGCCAACAACACUAAGCGCGAACGAGCUGGAACCACAGAAAACAGGUAUGAGCACAGGUACGAGCCGAACAGCUGAGCAGUGCGCCAAUGUAAACUACAAACAAAGCAAAGAAAACAUAGUAAAAGAUAAAGUUGAAGAAAAAACGGUUGUAGAAGAAGAAAGCGAAGAAGAGUACUUACAGCCACUACAACGACCAGCAUGGCUGGGAAGAUUCAGCGAAGCGUGCAAAACGACUAAUGAACUAGCGCCGCCGCAAUCGCUCUCCGGCUGUUUUAUGGACUCGCUAGAGCCAACGAGUAUGCCAGCAACUACAACUAAUAACACAGCGACAACAACAAUAAACAACGCAAAUGCACUUGCGAAAAGCGACGAGCAAAGGCAUAAAACACCUGAGCAAAGUGUUUACCAAGCCACGCUUAUGUUGAGUGACGGCGCGGCAGCGCAGUCGCCAGCAGCAGUGGCUUGGCAUCCAACACUGGAAGCGCAAGAGUGCGCGCAGGUAGCUGAAGAGUUGAGUUUGCAAAUUAACGAAACGGCACAAGAGCGUCAGCUGGCUUGUGAGAGCGGGACGAGAGACGCGCCGGCUGAGAUAGCAACAUCAAAAGCAAUAAUUCACAACAAUGAAGAGCACGAACAUGGAAACGUCACUACAUACACUAAAAACAACAACAACAACGACGACGACAAUACCGUCAAUGAAGUGGCUAACAUCGUGUCGACGCGUUCGGGCCGAGCUCAGGUGAACGCAGCUGCGACAGCGGCCGUGGAAGUCGUACGCGCAGCGUCCGCUAGUGUUUUGGCCAACUCGUUGUGUUUAGUUGAAAAUGAAAUGUUAAACGCGAAGGACCGCAACGACGGUGACGGUGACGGUGCUGGUGAUAGUGAGUUCGAUAGUGACGGUGCUGUUUUGUCAAAUUCUACACAAAGUGGCAGUGCAAUUUUACAAAUACGCGACAAGCAAAGUGCACAAGCACAAAGCGUAGAAAACGAACGCAAUCAAGGUGAAGAAGAUAAAUCGCGCGAAGUGGCGUUAGUGCAAAAUAAAUCAAAUAAUAAUAGCAACAACACACAAGUUGGUAGUAAUAGUGUAAGCGCGUGUGUUUUAAGUGUGGAAAAGCGCGAAGCAGCGCAUAGUGCUAACGAGGACGAAGGGAACGAGAAUCAACAAAAGUCUGGCAAAAUUGAAAAUAAUAGCCACAACGAUAAAAGUGUUACAAAGGCCAAUCAUAAAGUUAACGCCAAAGUGGUGGUAGUGAAUAACCAAAUAAUAGAAAACGCUAGCGAAAAAGGCUACGAGCGCGAGCGUGUACGUGAACGCGGUUACGACGAGCGCGCGGGUCAAGCAGAAAGCACAUACUCGUACGACGACGAGUACGAGCGCGUAAACGCUUCGAAAGAACAACUAAAGCCAGCGUCCAUUAUAGCGUCAUCAAGCGCUCGUGCGGAAUACGCUGAACGCGACUUAGGAGCGGUAGUAACAACGGCAGGCGCAGGGGCGGCACACAACACAUACGCACCCUAUUUUAGUGUCAACAACGAAACCUUUAGUGGUAGCAGACAAUUCGAUAGUAUUUUUGGUGACGCGACCGCACCCACCACGCGCACGAAAUUCAACGCCAAUUCUUCUGCACCCACAGCCGCGAGCGUGAGUCCCUCCACUUCACUUUCGGCCAAAUAUCGCAGCUUAAUCAUGAUUACAAAAGACAACGGACAAAUCGGUAACGGCAAUGAACUGCUGGCCAACAGCAAUGCUAGCGUUGCAUUUCUGGACAAAGCGCAUUUGGCCAGCAACAACAACACAGCAACCACCACUACCACAACAACAAUAACGACAAUAGAAUCUGCGGCUACACGCGUCAAACAAGCCAUACAAACACAUGAGAAUCGACUUGGUGGUCUUGGUGUUGGUGGUGGUGGUAUGGAUGGCGCUGAUUGUGUUGGUAGCAGCGCGAAUGGUGGUAGUAUUAUACGUUUGAGUGGUUAUGAAGCGAACGCGCCGAACAGUAAUAGCAGUCAUGCAAAUCACGUUAGUAGUUCCCCCGCAGUUUCAGCACAGCAAAGAACAAGUUUCAGCGAUGUACACAGCAUAGCCGCAAGAAACGCCAGCAGCGCUAAUAACCACAGAGUAGAUGGCGCUGAUGACUCACUGAAAUCGCCUUCCGCCUCGUCCUCCUCCGCCCUGCUGUAUGUUUCGUCGCCAGCUGUUCGCAAUACGAUUAGCAACAACAACAAUAAUAGCAGGGUGACGUUGUCUUACGACAUGAACGCCAGCGAACAGGCACAUUUUCCCGUGAAUACUGUGGAUUUGCUACGUGAUCAGAAGAUUAUCUACGGUGAUUCGGAAGAGGAGGAUUUCGACAAUCUUUCGAAUGGCCGUGGCAGCGGUCGCAGCAGUAGAGCCGGUGCGGACGACGAUGCGGAUUUUCUAGAUAAUGAGCAUAACUCGAAGACGAAAGCUGUUUGCUUGGAGGACGGACUAGCGGACGAUGACUCUUGGGUAGAGGAAAUCAGUCAUCGUGGGGAUGAAGAUUUCGGUGAUGACACGACGCCAACUGCAUCCGAUUCGGAGGAUCUAAGUAUGGAUGGCGAUGAUACCGUUGCGGCGAAUGGCAUGUUUAUCGAUCGCGAAGAGGAAUUGCGUGGCUAUCAUCGUUCCACUAUUGACUUCACCUUGCACACGAUAGUGGAGGAGAGUUGUGAAGAAAGUGAGGUCGCCUCAUUGCGUGGCGCUGAAGAUUGCGGUGAGGAGUUGGAUGAGUUGGAGCGACGCCGACAACGCACCAUCAAUCAUCAUAAUCGCUUGUCGGCCUCCGAUUUGGAAAAGUAUUUCUUCUUCGAUCUAGGUGAUGGCAAAGUGAUGAGCUCGAUUGACACGCGUGGCGACGACACAGCAUCUGAGGUGAGCAGUGAAUGUUCGGAAGGCCUAGAUUCGCUUGGCGUGCCGGAAGAGAAUGCAAACGAUAGUAAUAGCGCGGCAGAGCUCGCAUCAUCGCGUUUGGAGAAGUACUUCCUUUCCGGUUUUAUGGGUUUCAGCGCAAGCGAUAAAAACGAAUCCGAUGAGAGCGGUAGCGUGGGCAGUGAUAGUGAAGGUCAUCCCAGUCCCAGUCAGCGACGUAAACGUUUGGUACGUGCACGUGGCACACCGCGUUCACAUAAUUCCUCUUUGGACAAUCUGCUGGUCGAUUCGCAAUCCUUGCCUGCCGACUCACUCGAACCGAGUCUCAUACCAUCCACUGCCAGCGAUCUGUUAGACUCUUCCGAAUCGGAAGCAUGCGAUGACACCGUACUGCAUAUAAGCAGUGGUGGCGAGAAGGCAUUCGAGAGCAAUUCUUCGGAUACGAUUAAACGUAAGAAACAAGUGCGUAAGCGUCAUGACUCGUUGGAUGAGAAGAAACUACAUGACUCAGCCGAGGAUGCAGGCAAGUCAGGUGCGACAAAUGCCGAAUGUCGCACACCCACACCCGGCUCCAUUAGCAGCGCACAAGCUAAGAAACAGCAACAUCAUAGCCGUGAUAGCGGUUUUGUAGGCAGCAAUGACGAUCUGCUUAAAUCGCCCGAAACUGAAUUGCCAACGACCAGCGCGGCAGUACGUACGAAAUCGCCUACAGCGCUGGAACAGAUCGAAGAGGUAAAGGAAUCGCCACUAAACGUCACUAGUGAAACUAUCGUUUUGCCCGAGGUGCGCAUUACUACGCCAAAUGACUCAACAACAACGCUGCAGCCAGAUGGGCUUACGCUGAAGCCACCACUGCCACCCACCGCCAAUGCAAGUUUGGUGCGAAAGGAUAGUUUCAAUAACUGGAGCUCGGAUGAAGAGACCAACUUGAUGAUGUCGAAGAUGCGUCAGUUCUUCAAAACACUUGUGGUCGCCACUGCCAAUGCGCAACAGAACUACGGUUCUGCAAAUAACUCAAAGGGUACCACACCCAAUCAAACCACACCUAUUUCGGUGCGGCGCAUGAAGACAAGACCACAACUAGCAUACUUCGAGAAUGAGCUCACACGCCUGAUGAAAACAGUGCCGGGCAUAAAUGAUGAACAAGUGCGCGAAAUUGUUGAAUACUUAAGCAGUGAAGACACGUGGUCCGACUCAUGCGACUCUUCCGAUUAUACCAGCUCCGAUCUCGAAGGCAGCAAUCGUCGUAAAGGCGAAUUAAAGGAGCAAAUCUCCGCAAGUUGCCAACAAAUUAUAAACAAAUUCGAGAUAGACGAGGAAGGUGAUCGCGGAGACGGCGGUCUGCUUGAGGUCGAUACACACGGACUGAAUCCGGACACAGCGCUGGUAUAUCAGAAAUUAGUGGCGUCAUUCUCGAAAAUCGCUGUGGGAAAUGCAAAUAAUACAACUACAACGCAAGCCACGGUUGAGCUGCCACCAGCCAGCGCAGAGGACGUCGACACAAAGCGCACUGUGGAAGAAGAUCAAAUUUCAACCGGAAGCACACAAAGCGUAGAACGUUCUCCGCAACUGUUUGCCAAGGUAAUGCAGCACAUCGGCACACGGCUUGUCGCGCUUAUGCACGAGGUGAACAGCGGUAAUGAUUCGCACGGCACCAAUUCACCAAUUGCGCCACAACGCAACCACCACAAACGACUACAAGCCAAAAUAUCCAUUACUACCACGGAGGAUGAAGAAGAGAGCCCCUCAGAGAGUGGCGACCAAGCGAAAUCGACGCGCAACACACAUCACACAACACAACAACAUUUCGCAUAUCAACACCACCUACACCAGCCGCAUCAUUUGUCACAUCAAACGAAAUCGAACAAAGCGCUACAAGACGAAGCGAAUAAUCUCGCGCGUAGCAAAUCACACGAUCUACUGCUCGACUCAGCCUCGACAUCGGCAGCAUGUAGCAGCAGCGUAAGCGGUAGCAGUACAGGGGCGACACGUCCACACCAUCAUCAGUCGAGCAGCGGUGUCAGCGAUACCGCCGGCGAGGAGUGUGGCGUCGCCAGCGAUUAUGAACGUUUCUCGUGGCGCGGUAGUUUUGAAUCGGCAUUACUGGCUAAUGGCGAUUCCAGAACGAAACUCAGUCAACUCGAUCGUGACAACUCAUCGUCUGCGUCCGCUUUGGCCGUUGCAAAGCGUCGUUCGGCAGGUGAUCUGUUGUUCAACCACAAGAGUAUGAGUCGCGAGCAACUAGAUCGUGUGCGCUCGUGCGGCAGUAUCGGUGGCGGCGAUGAACGGCAUCAAGAGCUGGAGGCAUCACCGGCCAAACCCUGGGUUACCACCAAUGAUUGCAAAGAUGUGCGACGCUCGAGCGUGCCAGAUGCCAUCUACGAAUCGGAUUCAUCGGAUGAGGACACAUUCGGUGCGCGUUCAACAUUACCGCGUAGCUUAAACGGUGUUACGCAAGUGGCCAGCACUAACUCAUUGCCACGUCUACCCACAACAAGUAUGGGCGCAACAACUGCGUCGAAUGUCAGCGUCAACGCUGCACAAACCACAAUCGCCACCUCGACGCCACUCACCAAAUCACAAGGCGCGCUCAAUUACAGCUCCGGUGGUAGCGCGAAGAGCGCGCGUUAUCGUUCACCGAGCUUAGCGAGUCGCGCCAGCGCUUCCUUGAGCGCGAAAAAGUCCAGCGCCAGCUUGGGUUUGCAGCAUUUCCUCUACUCGAAGCGUGAUGCGCGCAAGCGCUUGAAUAUGUCGGGUGAGGAGGCCAAAGCUGCCGCCGAGGAAUCCAAUAAAUCGCCAGUUAUUGGCAAACGCAAUGAGUCCACAGCCAGUCCGAUCCAGUCACGUGGCAGCGGCACAAGCGAAACAUGGCCGGCGCAAUCGGAUGAGGAUAUCGAUCGUUUGGUGGCGAUGCAUCAAAAUCGCGAUAGCCUCAGCUCUUUGGGUCUGCGCUCGGAUUCCAUGGCCAGCGUUUACUCUGGCGCCGGUGAGGGACGCUAUGGCACAGUGGUAGUCAAAGGUCAGGUUGAGUUCGGCAUGCAAUACAACUAUAAACUGGGCGCGCUGGAGAUACAUGUGGUGCGCUGCAAAGAUCUCGCUGCCGUCGAUGUGAAGCGCAAUCGCAGCGAUCCAUAUGUGAAGGUCUAUCUGCUGCCCGACAAAUCGAAGGCUGGCAAACGUAAAACCAAAGUCAAGAAGCACACACUCAAUCCGAUUUUCGAUGAAAUACUACGUUUCCACAUGCCCAUCUCAAGCUUGGAGUCACGCACUUUGUGGCUCACCGUCUGGCAUUCGGAUAUGUUUGGACGCAAUGAUUUUCUCGGUGAAGUAAGCGUGAGUUUGCAGGGCAAAGUUUUCGAUAAUCCACAAUCACAAUGGUAUCUGCUGCAGGAGCGGAGUGAACCCUUCGAUGAGAUAGCCACGUAUCGUGGUGAUAUUGUUGUCGGGCUGAAGUAUAUACCACCAGAGAUGGUGCGUCCCGGCUUUAUGCGUAGUGCCUCCACCAGCAGCGGUAGUUCAAAUCUGCGUAAAUUUGGUAGCAUCAAAUCGGUGGCGUCACGUUCCGAUCGCUCGACAAAAGGCGGUCAGCUGCAUGUGCUCGUGAAGGAGGCGAAACAUUUGAGUCCGAUUAAAGUGAACGGCACUUGUGAUGCUUUCUGUAAAAGUUACUUGCUGCCCGACCGUACGCGUAGCUCAAAACAAAAAACGCCAGUUGUGAAACGCUCAUUACAUCCCACUUGGAAUUAUACUUUCAUCUAUGAGGACGUAUCGCUGGACGAUUUGUCCGAACGCGCGCUGGAAUUAACGGUGUGGGAUCACGAUCGUUUGGCGAGUAAUGAGUUCCUCGGCGGUGUGCGCUUCUCACUGGGCACAGGCAAAAGCUACGGACGCCCCGUCGAAUGGAUGGAUGCAACAGGCAAGGAGCUCUCUCUUUGGCAAAAUAUGAUUGAUCGUCCGAACUUCUGGGUCGAAGGCAGUCUAAUAUUAAGAUCGACACUCGAUGGUAUACGUGCAAUACCGUAAAUGUAUUAGUAAAGCACACACACCCAGCAUACCUAAGUAAAUAAUUUUUGUACCAGUACAAUUUGUAGCUGUGCGUUUAGAAGAAACAUUUUCAACACUAAUGAAAAGUGAAAAAAAGUUGAAAAAUCUUUAAACAAAAGAGAAAAUUAAAAAUGCAACUCAAAGUUAGACAAGACACAUAUACAUAUAUACAUUGAAAUAUUGCACACAUAGAGAAAUAAAUGCAUAUAUAGUAUAUACAUAUAUGUAUAUACAAUAUAUAUAUAUAAAUAUAUAUGUAGGCAAUAUAACUGUAAGAAAUUUGUAGUUAAUAAUGAAUUUGUUCACCUAAGUUCCACAUAAAUCGUUUGCAACUGAAAAGCAUUAUAGCAUUUAGAAAACUAUCAAAUGAAUUGUAUAGAAAGUGUAGAAAUUGUGUUUGAGUUUUGAGAAAGCAACAACAAAUCAUGAAACUAAGCAAGAAAGACAAUUAAGUUAUGCAUGCAUAGAUGCAUACACACAAACAAACAAAUGUAAAAAUUUAGUAUUAAAAAAAGCAUAUGAAUUUUAUAUAAAAUUAACGAAAUUUAAUAAAAAUAAAAAAAUUAAAAAUAUUCAACCAAAUUUGCCAAAAAAAUAUGGGAAAUUGGACUUGCUAAUGAAAGUAAAAAUGAAUAUGAAAAGUGCGGCUUUUGGGAACGAUUUUGAAUACUCGAAUAUGAUGAAUGCGAAAGUAAUUUGAAUUUUAGGCAUUAGCAUUAAACAAGGUGGCAACGCAAAAGUGAUGUAACUGUGAAAAUAAAACUGUAUUAAAAAAACUGCUUAAAAUAAUUGUGACAAUUUGCAAAUAAACUGAAGCGGAAAUUGACAAAAAGAAAACAAAAACAAGUGUAUUGAAGCAUUAUUAAUUAAUUCAAAAGCUAAGCUUGCAAGAGGUUAGGUGUGCGAAAAUUAUUUAAAAAUGCAUAUGUAACAAAAAUUUUACAAAAAUAGACAAAAGGCAACUAAAAUAAUUAUGCUA